AUCUGCUAGACUAUCGAAUCAAGCACACACACACACACACACACACACAUAUUAACAGCCAUAUAAAUUAGCCUCUUUUUCAACCAAAACAUAAAGCACAAAGAGUUUCCAUGCUAAAUGAAAGCUUUCCACGCAAAUUCAACGACUAGCAACAACAAUAACAACGAUGACCACCAGCAACAGCAGCAACAACAACAACAACAACAACAUCCUCAUCGUACCCCACAACGAUUAAAGCGCACCAGGGCUAAACGGAGCUGUGAUUUUUGCAGAAAACGAAAGUCGCGAUGUGAUGCCGAUACUUCAAUUCCUUGUUCCAAUUGCAAAGCAUGGGGACACACAUGCGAGUUUCAGACUGUUCGAAAAAAACGAGGCCCACCUACUAUGUGGAUAAUCUCGAGAAACGGUGCAAAAAGAUGGAAAAGCUUUUGACUAGCUUGACCAACGCAUCGAUCAAGGAACUCGAAAGGAACGAUUUUCGAUUCAAUCAGCAGCAACAACAACAACAACAACACCGUGGCAUACUGACGGCGUCUUCGUCUGUCGCUUCUGGUGUUCCUGCUACUACAAAAAAGAAUAAGAAGGGCAAAGCACGAGCUACUACUUCUCAGAUCAGCAACGACAACAGUAGCAAUGACGAUGUCGACGAUUCAUUGGAAUCCUUUUCCAGUGAUGAAGACGACGAUGACAUUGUCUCGAUUGAGAGUCAAGUCAGUGACAGCAACAAUAACAACAACAACAACCCGACACUAGAAGAACGACUUUCGAAUUUGGACAUCAAUGAUUAUGACACUAUUACGUAUACCGGCCGAUCUGCUAGUAUGGAUUUGCUCAACACGGAUCUGUUCAGGUUCAGACCUUUUGUUCCAUGGCCCGGCCGUAACGAUGUGGCCUUGCAGUUGACGGCCCAAAAUGAAUUGAUGGUUGUCAGAUCUGUUCAUGAUAAAUCUUCUUCUUCUUCUUCUCCUUCCACGACGCGUUUGGAUAUUGGUUUGUCCAUGCGCAGUGGUGGUGCUGAUCUCUCAGCUACUACUACUACUACUACUACUACUGCUACUACUACCGCUGCUAGUGCUAUUAAAGAAUACGAUGGCAGUGACGUUAUUACGCCACCUUCAAAAGAAGAGCAAGAGAAAAUGAUUGCCUUCUUUUUCGAGCACUUGCACUCAUUCAUGCCCAUCAUCAACAAAUCGCGCUUCUUGUCCGCAGAGCAACCACCCAACAUUCUUGUCCAAGCCAUUCUCGCCCUGUCGUUUCGCUUCAUCAGCCAGCACGAGCCAGCCAUCAACCCAAAAGCAGGCGACUAUGCUACCAUGUACUUUACCAAAGUCGCCCGGCGGCUACGAGACCCCGUACGCUCGCGUCUUUGCCACGUCCAAUCGGCCGUACUGAUGACACUGUAUCUCGACAUGGACGACGGGGACGAUUCGAUGCAAUGGUAUAUGCUCGGUACCGCUAUCCGUAUGGCACAAGAUCUAGGCCUACACCGCUCUUGUUCGCAUUGGAAAAUCUUGCCUCAGGCCGAGAUUGAAACCCGCCAUCGAUUGUUCUAUGCCUGCUACGUGUUGGAUCGCUGGCUCAGUGCAAGAGCUGGCAAACCAUUGACGAUUCUGGACCGUGAUUUUGAUACGCCCAUGCCAGCCAACAACGAAUACCAGGCUUUUGCCAUCAUGAUCAAGCUAUCGGAAAUAUUGGGUCGCGUGCUAAAAGCAUUGUAUGCGCCCAAGGCGAAGCAUUCCAAUGCAAAUGCAGGACUUGAUGAUCCUACUGUCAUUGAUGCGUUCGACAGAAGGCUCAAGUCGUGCAAGGCUGCCAUGGAAACGGAAUUGCCAUUCAUACAAAAAGCGUAUCUCGACAUAUACUAUCAUACCAUCCUGUUACUCCUGCACCGACCGUUUAUGGCCCAACAGUUAUCGCAGCAGAUAUGUACGCAUGCAGCAACGACGAUUAUGGAUCUGACGCGUCAAAUACGACAACAGCAGCCAAAGACGAUUCAAUACUUUUCGCUGUGUAUGCCAACCUGUUUCGUCUAUGCCUUGUUCCAAGCAACACUCGUCCAUCUGUCAAACGCCGUUCGCGAUCCAACCAUGUUUGAAAUGUUUCAACAAAGCGCCAUGCUGAUGCAACACUAUAGUCAUUUGGUGGUUGUCCGACGAGCGUUUGAAAUUGUGGAACUGUUUCGCACCAUGCAUGCACCAGCAGUUGAUGCAGCAGCAAAACAAGCAGCCGCAGCUGCAGCAGCGGUUGCUGCAGCACGUGUCGCAGUCAAUUACGCCAUGCCGUUUCCUCCGGGCAUGAUGCUAGGUGACAUUUACAACGUAUCACAGCCACCCACUCCACUUGUUGGUGCCACAACUGGUGCUGCACCUUUGUAUGACUGGGCGCCUUUGCUUCCGCAACAUCAUCAUCAUCACGCUCACACUCAUCCUUCCCAUCAACACCAUCAUCACCAUCAUCAACAACAACAACAGCAGCAGCAGCAACACGCGCCACAACCACAGCAUCAUACGCCGAUAAUAGGAACAGCUGCAGUACCAAUGACUGGUGUGGUUGAUCCCGCUACUACAACUGCGUCACAACCAGCAACAGCUGAUUUGACCAAUGUGUUUUCAACAUCUUCUUUCCAAGGAGGCUUGAUGGACAGUACCAUGACACUGACAGAUUCACCAACAUCUAUGCACGCCACGGCUCCUAGCGCCACACCUACUACUGCUCCUCCUCCUCCUUCCGCUACGAACAACAGCAACAACACCAGUGCCACUCCCUACCACGCUAACUCAACCUCAUCCACCUCUUCCUCAUCUUCAUCUUCGUUUAUCUCGACGCCGCAUCCCAUGGCAGCCAUUCUUCCACCAGCCGCCAACUUGCAUUGGACCGAUUGGGACGUGUAUCUCGACGAUCGUUCGUGCCAACAACAAAACCACCCUUCGCAACAUCGACCUCAUGCUUCUCGGCACCAUCAUUCCGCUUCGUUCCCUCAAGCAUCGUUUCCGCAUCAUCCUCAUCCCCCUCAUUAGAUAAUAGGCUGGCAUCCACCACACAUUACAUCUGAUAUAUCUUUGUUUUUCUCUUGUAAACAUCUUUCCCCCCCCCUUCACCUUUCUGAUCUUUGCUUUCUUUUGUUCUCGGUUGCUUUUUCUU